AUGUUGCGGCCCGGCACACCGUUGACUGUGCUACUGUUUGCGGCCUUCGCACUGCUUUUGUUAGCUGUGAUAUCAACCCCGAUAAUCGAAGCCAUUCCACUUAGUGAUUUUGGGGGUGUUACCUAUGGCGUGUUUGGCUACUGUCAGAAUGGCAAGGGAUGUAGUGGUAUCGGGGUUGGAUACGACACUGCUAAACUAGUUGGAGAUGAUGCUCAAGCUUUCGAUCUGCCAUCCGGCGUUCGCAAUACACUCUCGGCUAUUCUUAUCGUGCAUCCCGUUGCGGCACUUAUCACGCUUGUCAUGACCAUCAUGGCAGCUGUAUCGCAUCUACAUGGACCAUCGCACUCUACAAGAUUUCUCCUUAUUCUGUUUAUCUUUCUAUUCAUUGACUUCCUAGUCUGCUUGUUGGCAUUUUUGAUCGACGUGCUACUAUUUGUGCCACACCUGGCAUGGGGCUCAUAUCUGGUUCUGGCUGCUACGAUUCUCGUAGCCAUGAGUGGGUUGGUAACCUGUGCGAUGCGCCGCACUUUAGUCAGCAGGAAAGAUAGACAGAGACGCAUCGCCGAUAAUGCUGAAAUGAGCGGCCAGAAUUAUUACAACAGAAAUCCCCAGGAUAAGACGGCCGGUGAAGCUGGAAUCGCCAGACAGCCGACUUUACCCUCAUCGACUGGUGGCAAUGGCAUUCACGACAACCUCCCAACGUUUUCUUCCUUCGAGCAAAAGAACAGAAGUGAUCAAACCAGCGAAGAAGUCCCCCUUACCCGCCGAACAACAUCGAAUCGGUCUCCAGGUGUCCCCCAUGAAACGGCUAACGUCGGGGAGGUGGCGGCUUUUAAUAGAAGCCGAGACCAAUUCGGGACCCCUAUGGACAACCGCCCUGAUCCAUAUGUGACCCGAAGGGGACCUUCACCAAGUACGAGCAAUCGUGGAAGGGGAAAUGGGGGAGGGCACCGCGGAGGAAGGGGAGGUUACGGCCGUGGAGGUUAUGAUAACUAUGGCGCUCCGAUGCGAGGCCGUGGAGGUUAUGCCCCCCCUGGACGGGGUGGUUACGGACCUAGAGGUGGACGUGGAGGAUCUGGUCCGCAAGGACGAGGCGCUUUUGGGCCGGGUGGAAUGAGAGGAGGCCCAACUCCGCCAGGAUACAGCAACGGACCUUAUGAUCGAAGACCGUCACCCGGUCAAAACUAUGCCUCAGACGUCCCGCUAUCGGAACCAUCCAAUGGAUACAACUCGACGAACCCAUCGAUGCCCAGCUUGAACACGUACACUGCCUACCGCCCGGAAUCUUCACUGCCACGAGCUGAAUCGCCACCACCUUUGCCAGGAACUGAGCCUGCCACUGUAGGUGGCCAGCCAGUGGAGAUGGACGCAUCCCCAGUCGUACAGGGCCACCAGGCAGGAGGCUAUGGGCAGCUCAGGGAUAGCGAUGCAGAUGUGGCGGGUAUGGUCGGCCUUCAGCAAGGUCAAAUCCUUCACCGACAUGAUACCAUUAUGAGCGAGGGAAGCAAGUAUAGUACCGAUGAGCAACCUGCUCCACCCCGUCCUGCUUGGAAUCAGGGCGAUGGCCGAAAUUCACCUAAAGCUCCAUCCCCUUUAAUGGCGAGCCAUCCUGCAGUUGUUCCUCCAGGAAGGAACACGCCUCCAGUUACGCAACAACCUACGGCCAUGGGAAACAGCAAUUACUAUGAAGACGUAGACCCUCGUUUCGCCACCGAGGCACCGCUGGCAAACAACAACCUUCAACCGCCCCCAAUUGAGCCUAUCUACGAGGACGUCCAUGCUAACAAUACGGGUGCUCGGAGCCCCGCCGAAUCCGAGCACUCGACCUUUACUUCUAUCUCUCAACGUGGCAUUAAUCCUCGUUGGAACCCCGGCCCUCCACCACCUCUGCCCUUUCAGCAAGGGCCCCCACACCGACGACCUGUACAUCACCAACAGCAGCAGCAGCAACAGCAACAGCAACAGCAAAAGCGUCAAGAUAUGCUUUUAGACACCCCAGACUUUCAACUACCCAGUUCACGGAGCGGGCGCGGUCCUGGUAUGGUACCAGGAAGCGCCUACCCACCAGGCGGCUUCUAG